ACUGUAUUGUCAAAACAUCCGAUCUGUUUGCAAAUGUAAGUGUCUAUCCGCUUAAAAAGGCUUUUCUAUCUAUUGUAACGAAAGUGUCACUGCGUGUGACGUGCCCUUCCCAAGUGCGUUAUGGUUGAUGAGGUGCAUUGUGGUUAUACGAGUCGUUGUGAGUACAUACCGAAACACGUUCAAAUCGUUUGGAUGGUGCCAACAAGUCUCGAUUACUGAGAGGAAUAAGCCACAUCAAAAUGAUGUUCAUUCAAGGAACUAGAGGACGGCUGAGAGUAUCUGUUUAUAACGACGAAAUGGACGACGAUGACGACACAAAGGACAACAACAUUGGGUUAGCAUUUUCUGGAGGUGGAAUAAGAAGUGCAGCAUUCAGUUCGGGAAUUCUUCGUCGUCUUCUUCAGAAGAACAUUCAGGUCGACUACAUAAGCUGUAUUUCUGGCGGAAACUUUACCGCAGCGGCGUAUUUGGAUUGGAAAUAUCGUCAUGACCAAACGGAUGACCACACAUGGCAUCACAAGUUUUUUGAGAACAUGCGAUCACGAAGUGGUUACCUUUGUGACUGGAGCAAGUUCUACAAAGGGCUCGGAGAUACAAUAACAAUUCUUCUGUCCUUACUAUUUGUUAAUAUUAUCAUUCCUGUUGUAGUUUGGGGAGGGCUAGCCAUUCCCACGGCAUAUCUUAUAGACUUUGUCUUUGGAGAUAUUUUACGAACAGGAUUCAAUUGCAGUAUACCCAUCCAACAUAGUUAUCCAUUUUCCAACACCACAAGAUGUUCAAGUACAUAUCACCACCGUUAUCCAGGCGUUCAGAACCAACUUAUCUUGUUCGUUACGCUCCUUCUAUCGUUCUUGUUCCUGUUUGUUCUCAGAAGCAUCUUCAAGAAAUAUGCGCAAGUUAUUGCUUUCUUACAGAUACUAUCAGGCACUUUGUUCGGAAUGGUUUUCCUCCCUUGGUUCUUGCAACAGUUCUUUGACAGUAUUCCUACGUGGCUCAGCAUGUUAAUCCUCGUCCUCAGUUUGUUCUUUUGGAUUGGGUUUCCACCCCUUCGUGAUUUUGCAUCCAUUGCUGUUGUUUUCUAUGUUUUUGCAUUCAUCAUCAAGUGGCGUGUUUAUCGUUCUCGUUCCAUACUCGUGGAUUACAAGGAAGAGUAUUUCUAUACAGCUUUAUUAGCAGCAGGAGGAGUUUUAUGGGCAAGUCCAUACCUGGGUGCAUUCGGUAGAUCUGCUAUUUAUACAUUUAUCAAGUGGAGAUUCCAAUAUGCGUUUUUCACAGAGGAGAGCGUGGGUCCAGUCGGCUGUGGUGGAAUCACGUGUUCGGACUUCUUUCCAGUUUUAUCCACCAUAUGCGAUUGCUCUAAAUGUUGCAGCAAAAACAGGGCGUUGACAAUGGCCGACAUUGCGGACAUGAAGCCACAGUACAUUAGUAACAUUGUUGCAGCUCAUUGGCGUCGCAAUCAAAAGACAUUGCCAGACACAAUGAUUGGUCUUUGCAGCAAGAAGAUCGAGAUUAUUACCGAGGACCCUGGUUCUGAUAAAUUAAAUUCUUCCUUAAGUCCACGACAUGUUAAGCUUGCUGAUGCUAUGAGCACAGCCGCUAUGGUAACCAAACCAACAGCUGAAAUGGAGGACAAGUAUGAACCAUUCCGUGAGCUGCAACUCAUUCUUGGGCUUUCCGCAACAAAUGAUGCCACAGCUUAUCCUCAGAGGAGAGACGACGGCGUUGUUAGUAAGUUUGCUCCAAUAAUUCUCCAAAGCUUUGCUGGUGCACCUAUUGUACUCCUAGCAGUCUUAUGCCUCGCCGAUAUCAAUUUGGACCCAUUAUUAGUUGAGAGUGUUGUCAUGAUUGUGUUCAUCUGUUAUGUUGUUGUCUUCGCUGCCGUCGCUAUGAUGCCUACUGGAMCAAGUAAGCCAUGGUUUGGGGAGUCUAUUGUCAGAUGGUGUCACGUACAUUUAUACCACGUACGUUUCCUUAGAGAAUUCCUUAAGAUUAGCAACGUCGGCCCACUUCCUCCUGCUGUUAUGUCCCUCAGCGACCUUGGUCGGCUCGAGAAGUARGGACUUUUGACGCURUUCAAGCGUCGACUGAAAAAAAUCGUGGUUUCUGAUGGUAGCUUAAUGUCUGAUGAUGCCUCUUACGCAACUCAACUCUUGCGAUCUUUGCAAAUGGCGAGAGAGCUGUAUCAUUGUGAAUUCACUGGAUACGACGGUCGUGAUGUCAUCGGAGAGAUCCACAAGAUGUAUUUAAAGCACCCCUCCGGAAAACUCCCGAGAACAUAUCGAUUUCUGGUGAAUUACUUUGACAAGACUGCAACCGGAUAUCAGAUGGCUGGUCAAGGAGAAGUACUUAUAUAUAGGGUUUUUCAAGGACUUCUAUGUUAAAACUUAUCUCAUCUAGCCUUCGUGUCAAUAACGUGCAACGAAUAUCGAAAAU